AUGGCGGAGAGCGGCGCGUGGCUGCUUGUGCUGAGCUCGGUGUUUCUGUGCAACCUUCUCAAAAUCCUCCUGCCCUCCUGCUCCUCCAUCAUAUCCAGAUUGCUACAGAAGGAUGCAGAGCAGGAGGCCCAGAUGAGAGCCAACAUUCAGAACAUGAAGCAAGAACUCUCAACCAUUAGUAUGAUGGAUGAGUUUGCUAGAUAUGCCCGGCUGGAAAGAAAGAUUAACAAAAUGACUGACAAACUUAAAACUCAUGUGAAAGCACGAACUGCUCAAUUAGCCAAAAUAAAGUGGGUGAUAAAUAUUGUAUUCUACAUUCUACAAGCUGCUUUGAUGAUCUCACUAAUUUGGAAAUAUUAUUCUGAGCCAGUUACUGUGCUUCCAAGCAAAUGGCUAGCCCCAUUGGAGCGUUUAGUAGCCUUUCCUACUGGAGUGGCAGGUGGUGUUGGAAUUACAUGCUGGCUUGUGGUCUGCAACAAAGUUGUGGCCAUUAUGCUUCACCCUUUCAGCUGAGAAGGAAUCCCAGAAUUCUGAACUGCAUUUCCGUUAUUAUAGUUAGAAAGUGGAGUCCUGAAGUCUUUUACGAGAGACAAAAUACAGAGUUUGCCCUAAGUACUUCACUUCUGGUGUAUAAAGGGAGAGAAGCCCUUUCUAUCUAAGAAAGCAAUUGUUGUAUACAGUGUAAUAAUUAAGCAUGAAUUAAUUUUCAUCUUUUAUUAUUUCAAUUGAAUAUUUAUCAAUAAGGUUUAUUGGUCAUACCUUCUUCCCUUGACUUAUCCCUCAAGUUCUUAGUCAACAACUUUUAAAGAAUAAUAUUACUCUUGAUAAAGCCUCAUUUUUUGUUGUUGAUGGCUAGUAUAUACACUGGUUAACUGCAGAAACAAGAAUUUGUCACUACAAUUUCACUGAGAAUCAGCUGCAAUGCUGGAUUAACUAUAGCUUUUUAAGGUGAAUUACAGAGUGGGUGUGGAUUCUUUUGGGGCUUUACUAUUUAUUUGGGAGAAGUAUAAUUUUCUUUUGGUGGAGUAGGGAGGUAAAUUUACUGCUUGUUUAUUUUAGAAUGUGAUUUCCUGACUUUACCUUGCAGACUUCAGCAUUCGUGGGCUGUCUUAGAAGAUGCACUGCUGAUUUAGUUGAAA